AUGCCCUCCCUCACCCUGACCGACCCGGACAUGAUCCUGCCGUAUGACGGCAGCGAGCGCGAAUCCCAAACCCCAUCCCCGCCCUCCCAGCUGGUUUACCUGACCAACCUGAAUGCGCGCUACAACGCCGCCGACCCUCAUGCCGGCCCCGGCCGGCCCAAGAAAAAUUUUUCGCGGCACAACCGGACGCACGAGGACGGGAAUGUCAAUCGCCGCUUGUCGGAUAUCGGGGAGGAGCUGUCGCCUGCGCGAUCAGAGCGGUUCCAAGAUGCUGAACCGCACCAGCAGAGGCGAGCAAUCUCGCCGCGAACGGAUCAUUUGACUGUGUCCGGACAUCAGGGGACGGCAAAUGCGGCGUGGAGUAGUAGCUCUAGCUCGACGGCGAGUGUGGGAGGUGGGCGCGCCUCACGAGAGGCAUCCUCGCCGCAGACUGCGCCGGACGUGUCGCCGAAUCCGAGUGCCGCGGAAGGUGGAAACAAGACCCGUGAUAGCGGGGACGGGGUCAGGGCUGCAACUGCAUUGCCAGAUAGCAGCGUCGUGGCAUCUGUGGCCAAGGGCAAGGGCCCUGGAGAAGAAAUCUCGUCCGUGAUAUUGAGCAGUGAAGCAGAGCGGAUUCUUGAGAAUGCAAAGAAGCGUCUGACGUUAAUGGAAGGCAAUUUGAACCGCGCUCGCUCGUCGGUGCGUCUCACGCCCUCGCCCUCGCCGUCGGCGUCGGGGGCCACGUCGCCCAUGGGGCUGCACCCCGGUGGGCUGUACCGGUCCAUUUCCAAAGCAGAUCGCAAGGGAUCUACGCUGCGGCGCCAGUCGCUCCUUCCGCAGGAGGCAUCGACCAAACGGCAUUCGCGCGUACAUAGCGAUACCAACUUCCCUCCAGAGUCAAGCUUGUCAACUGAUACGAAGCGACCGUCCCGUUCGGUCUCGGCGAUGGGAUCGAGUAGCAUGUCGAGUUUCCACAACGACGAGCGUUCCUUUCAAUAUGACCCUACACGAUCCUAUCUUACACAUCGGGCGUCUAUCUCAUCUAUGCGGCCUCCGCAUUUAGACCAGGCACAAUCGCCUCAGCCAGCACAAUCACCGGGCCUUCUGGACUCCCCGGUCAUCCAGUCCCCUGUUCUCCGGGAUGACAGCUCCACAUCCUCUCCCAGGGGUCUGGGCUUUUCUGAGGAGGACGAGUCCAGAUCUAACUCCAACGGAGGUGACUUCAGCCCGGUUUACAGCUCGUACGGACCACCCAGCCGCGCGCAGUCCCAGCUACAGGUACGUGACCUUCAGUACCAGAUGAAGGGUCUCCACAUCAAGAUAUCCUCGCUCAAGGUGCGGACCCAGGAGGAUAAUCUCCGCCGGCGGAGCUUGCAAAGCCUGCGCACGCCUAGUCCUUUGACUGCUGCGGACCCUUGGUACCAGAAUGGCUUGGAGGUCCGCGACGGUCGAAGCAGCCGCGGGUCGAGCGCUCGACGGGACGGGAGCUCAGAAUAUGCACGCGAGACCCAGUCCCGGCAGUACUACACCGAAACUGCUCCCAAGCAUCAAACCGGGCCUUUUAACCCUGAGCAAAGUGAUGAUAGCCCUAUGGAGCAAAGUCCCAAUCUUGCGCAGGGUACGGACAGGACUUGGCAGGGUCACGGGCAUGGCGGCUAUAACGGCCGCCAGUCUGCCUCGGUGAGCUUGUAUGAAGACGCUGAGGAGGGCGACUACUUUGACGAUGGCGACAUCGACCGGGAAGCGCUGGACGAAAUCCUGCGUGAGCCGCUCGACGCAGACCUAGCCACACCCCACGAGGAGCGCGAGGACGCCUUCGACUACGAGCAUUUCAUUCUCCACAGCGCUCUGGGCAACUUCUCGCAGCAGAUGCGCCGUAGAAGCGUCAGCUCUCGGGGUUCUGCUGAGACGACGCGACCUACCCAACCGGUGCGACACUCUCGAGCUAACAGCGCUGUGUCUGUCUCGAGCGAUGCCACAUUUGCUACGGCCACCGAAGGCGAGCCGAUGCCCGAUGACGCGGACGACAUCCUGUACUGGGACCGGCGGUUCAACCAUGAACUACGCCACCGCCAUCACAGCCAACAUGCCGGCCCUGCCACCGGGACUGACCGCUCUGAAACGCCCCGUGGCGCGCGCGACGAUGGCAAUGCCACCCCAGUCGGAUUCCAGGAAUCUCCAUCACGGAAUAUGGACAUGACAGGCCGGUCCUCGACCGCCGGCUCUGCGACUCCGACAUCUCUUGUUUCCUCGCUUGUUUCGACCGUUCGCGCGGCUUCGAGCCCGCACCCUGGCUCCGCGACUCCCACCUCCGGCGGUAUCAACCACGACGAUACCCAGAUGCUGGAGCAGCUCUUCCACAGCCUUGGCAAUGUCUGCAUGGAGCUCCAGGCCCUCACGACCUCGCCCGAUCCAGACGUGAAGGCCGCGCGUGUGCUGCGGCGACGACUGGAUGCGGCGCGGAGAGUGCUCGAUGGCGAGCUUGAUGCUUAA